CGCUUGGUCAUUGCAGAGAAGGGGUUACCAUGUGAAGAGCGGGAUGUUAGCAUGCCACUCAUUGAGCACAAAGAGCCCUGGUUUAUGCGACUCAAUCUUGGAGAAGAGGUACCUGUGAUCAUCCAUGGAGACAACAUCAUCAGUGACUACAAUCAGAUAAUUGAUUACAUGGAGAAGAACUUCACAGGAGAACACAUCAUCCAACUAAUUCCUGAAGCAGGGACCAUCCUUCAUUCCAGAGUGAUGCAGUACAGAGAACUCCUGGAUUCCUUGCCCAUGGAUGCCUAUACACACGGAUGCAUUCUUCACCCAGAACUCACCACAGACUCCAUGAUUCCAAAGUAUGCUACAGCUGAGAUCCGCAGACACUUAGUCAAUGCAAGCUCAGACCUGAUGAAACUAGACCAUGAAGAAGAGCCACAGCUAACAGAGCCAUACCUUUCCAAACAGAAGAAACUCAUGGCCAAAAUCCUGGAGCAUGACAAUGUGAACUACUUGAAGAAAAUCCUGGGCGAGCUGGCAAUGGUACUGGAUCAGAUUGAAGCUGAACUGGAGAAGAGAAAAAUCGAAUAUCAAGGACAAAAAUGUGAACUCUGGCUUUGUGGAUGUGUAUUUACCUUGGCUGACAUCUUGCUGGGAGCCACAUUGCACCGUCUCAAGUUUCUAGGACUCUCUAAGAAAUUCUGGGAAGAUGGCAGCAGACCUAACCUACAGAACUUCUUUGAAAGGAUACAAAAACGUUUUGCCUUCAGGAAAGUUUUGGGAGACAUACACACCACGCUUCUCUCAGCAGUGGUACCCAAUGCCUUCAGGCUGGUCAAACGGAAACCUCCAUCCUUUUUCGGAGCGUCCUUCCUUAUGGGAUCUCUAGGGGGGAUGGGCUAUUUUGCUUAUUGGUAUCUAAAGAAAAAAUACAUAUAAUGCUGGCUGUUCCAGUAUUUUGUUUGGUGUCUCUGUGCUGUGUGAACCCAUGAGGAAUUUUCAGUAAUUGUAACGAAAUUUGAAGCCAAUAUGAAUAACUAUGCUGUUAAUGUAACAUUCCAUAGUCUAGAAGUAGAAAACUUAUACUGCAAGGAAGCAAGUCAACAAAAAUAUUCAACUUGUAUAAUGCCUUUUUUAAAGGUUUAAGUAUUGUAAAACUAUAAGCAGUGGAUGUGUCCUGAUGCUUUACACAACCACUGCGGAGCAAAACUGCCCUCUAGCACAAGCAAGUCCCAUCGACAAGCUAGGGUAACCCCAGUAACACAAAAUGGAAAAAUGGGGUUUCCUUCUGUACCUUUUCAUAGUUUUUUGAAUGUUUGUUGGCCACAUAGCACAUUUUUUCACAGGUGCAAAUAGCAGAGACCUUUCUUUCCUAGGAGGUGUUGUAGUGUUGUGGUAAGAUGGAAGCUUUUAAAAAAA